GCAGCCCCCGCGCACAAGAUGGCGGCGCGGGGCGGCGGGCGGUGAGCGAGGGGCGGCAGCGGCCGCGGGCCGACAUGACCUACACGGCCGAGCAGCUGGACGGGGUGCAGCGGAUCAAGCGGUGCCGGGAUUAUUACGAGAUCCUGGGCGUGAGCCGGGACGCCGGCGAGGAGGAGCUGAAGCGGGCGUACCGCAGGCUGGCCCUCAAGUUCCACCCCGACAAGAACCGCGCGCCCGGAGCCACCGAGGCCUUCAAAGCAAUAGGCAAUGCUUUUGCAGUCCUGAGCAACCCUGAGAAGCGGCUCCGCUACGAUGAACUCGGGAGUGACCGCGAGCACGUCAGCUCUGGCCAGGCCAGGCACUACAAUUACUACACUGAGUUCGAAGCAGACAUCACACCAGAAGAAAUAUUCAAUGUGUUUUUCGGUGGGCACUUCCCUACAGGGAACAUCCACAUGUUCUCCAAUGUAGCCAGAGAUGCUCACUACUACCCACGGAGGCACCGGGAGCGGGCGUGGACACAGGAGCCAGAGGAGGAGGAGCACAGGCCACAGAAUUCAUACUCUGCAUUUAUCCAGUUGAUGCCAGUUUUCAUCAUCAUAAUAGUGUCAGUUAUAACCCAGCUGAUGGCCACCAACCCACCCUACAGCUUAUUCUACAAAUCGUCCAUAGGCCACGUUGUGAGCAGAGAAACAGAGAACUUGCAGGUGCCUUACUAUGUUGAUAAAAACUUUGAAAAGAAUUAUCAAGGAGCAGAACUUCAAGAGCUUGAGAAAACAGUUGAGAAAGAUUACAUAGACUAUAUUCAGACCAGCUGCUGGAAGGAGAAACAGCAAAAGUCUGAUUUGUCCAAUUUGGCCAAGCUCUACAGAGAUGAGCGGUUAAAACAGAAAGCAGAGUCCCUGAAACUUGAGCACUGUGAGAAGCUCUCCAGUCUGAUUGGGAUGCACAAAGGGGGCUGACCAGGACGCACACGUUCCAUACUUUUUAUUUAUUGCUGGUUUAACUUAUGUUUUUAUUUUCCUCCGUGUGAAAAGGAAGGAGUCUGUUGUAAAGAGUGUGGAUAUUGGAGUCCUUCUGCAGGCAGUGCAGAGAGGGGCUGGCACAAGCUGCAGGGCUGCUGUUUGCUGUAAUAUAUCUUGUACAUUAGAUUUGGGUCCAAGGACCACUGGCACUUUGUAAAUUCAUUCCCCAGGACACGCUCUGAGCUCAGACCCAGCUGCCUGGGUGGUUUGUCUGCCAUCCAGGCUGUGUGUGCUUCCCAGGAGAGCAGGCUCCCCUCUGCUUCCCGUGUUUCCUGUGGAUCUGCAGCUCCCUGGAUCCCCAGACUGUG